CACUGACUGUCACGAAGGCAGCCGCGGAAUCUCUACGUUGAAAUGGUCAAUCACGACGGUUAAUCAUUUGCAAUGUCAAUAUUGCAGCGUAGUAAUUGUAACGAAUAAGCGGCGUAUUAAAGAGCUGUAUAUCUGACACGUACUUUUACUACGUUGCGGCCUGAUUAUCUCGUCCACGAUUAUAGCCGUCGCUCUUUACCUUGGUUAUAAGUUUAGCUGCUGUGAAUUUGAAAUUGUUAACCUAGUCUUGGCUGAACUGUGACAGAAUUAUUGUUAGAUUAACAGAUUUAGUUAAGGGUACAACGAAACUAUAAAUUAAACGUAAAUCGAGGAGGCUGUUCCUCGAAUUAUGAUAAUUUCUCGCCAAAAUGGUAGCAAGUCAGAAAAACAAUGACGGGAAAACGAGGGUCUUAAUGCCAGUUUUGCUAUGUGCCUUUGCUAUACCAAUUUCUAUGCUAUUCUGGAUCGUUAAUGUGAUUUACUCAUUCUUGACACCAGAUGUCGAACAACAUACCGACGGACAAUCUGUCAUUUCUCCUUGGAGAUGGCUGACUGCAGUUGUAAUCCCAAUACUUUUUGCUGGUUGGGGUCUCAAGCGGAAAAGUUUGGAUUUCAGCGGAGCUUUUCUAGGAUUGUUCACAGGAUUUAUUCUCAGCAUUACAAGUUACACGCACAUCGCUUGUUUGAUAGCUUUUUUUUUCACUUCUUCGAAAGCCACCAAGUUUCGAUCUGAUAAAAAGAAAAAAUUGGAGGAAGAAUUUAAGGAAGGUGGUCAAAGGAAUUGGAUACAAGUUUUAUGCAAUGGAGGAAUGGCAACCCAAUUAGCGUUGCUAUACUUAUUGGACGUUGGAUGUGGAGAACGGCCAAUCGAUUUUGCAAAAGAUUAUAGGAGUUCCUGGCUAUCGGUUGGAAUAUUAGGUGCCUUUGCCUGUUGCAAUGGUGAUACAUGGGCAUCGGAACUUGGUACUGUGAUUGGGGAUUCGGAACCAUUUUUGAUCACCACAAGGGAGAGAGUUCCUAAAGGUACUAAUGGUGGUGUUACUUGGAUUGGGCUUUUGAUGUCUCUAGCGGGUGGCCUAGUCGUAGGGCUAUUCAAUUAUGUUGCAGUAUUAUACACUGUAGACACAGUCGUACUGCAACUGGCUGCACCCCAAUGGCCAAUCAUUAUUGCUGGUGGUUAUGCUGGUCUCGCAGGCAGCGUACUUGAUUCUAUUCUAGGAGCCACUCUGCAGUAUUCGGGCUUAGAUGAGACUGGCAAAGUUGUGGAACGCCCUGGGAAAGGUGUGAAGCAUAUUAGUGGUAGGCAAGUCUUUGAUAAUCAUAGUGUCAAUCUUUUAUCGAGCAUAGUAAUGGCUCUGACUCUUCCAAGAUUGGCGAAUCUCUUUUGGCCUUGAUGUCAGGGAAAUAAUUUAUACUUGGAACAUAAGUCUGGUACGUAUAAUAAUACAAGGUUUAUUCAUCUUUGUCAAAGAUGAAACUAACUUUAUUAAUUUCUUUACUCAUGCUUUCAUUUCCAAGUUUCAUUGGUCAUAUGCUCUGUAUAAACAUGGACACAAAAUUUUAAUUAUGCUUGUGGUAGAAAAAGUGCGGACAGAACAACUUAGUGUUCAAAAGUUGAUGUCUGGUACUUGCGAUAUCAAACAACAUUUUUUGAGAAUUAUUCAGACCAAAAGUUUGUUAGAAAAGUUUUAAAUGCAGCUGUUUUAUAUUUAACUGGAUAAAAAUACCUACAUUAUACACGUCUAGUAAAUAACCAACAUUCGUAUUCACCUCGACAUACGUUGUAAUGAUGGAAUAAUGUUGAAAUUAAAACAGGCAUAUAAUUAUGAUCAACAGCUGUUGCAAACUAUUGAUUAAGCUGCAGGCAGCGUUGUUCGAGGAUAAUAUCGAUGAAACGUCGUAUUGUAUUCUUAACCAUUCUUGCGUAUAUAAUCAUUAAAUCGGCAGCAACAGACUCCCUGAAAAAUGAUUGUAAAAAAUAUUCGUGUAGCCUUGAAUACGUGGACGAAAUAAACUAUUUUUCAUUUUCUA